AUGGGGCCCCAGGGCAAUAGGGGAUCAUGGGGCCCUUGUGUCCUUGCCCAAACUCAAAAAAGCCUAUGAAAAAGUAUGAUAUUUUUCUGAGUGUUUCCAAAAUGGCUACAUCACCAUAUGCUCCAACAGAUGAUGAAGCACUUUCAGCCCAAUGGGAGAAAACCGCUAUAGCAGUAUCAGGGGCAGACUGACAACUCAUGGGGCCCCCGUGCAAUAGGGGAUCAUGGGGCCCCUGUGUCCUUGCCCAAACUCAAAAAAAACCUAUGAAAAAGGUACCAGGGGCAUCUCAUGGUGCCCCCUACUGACCCCGGGCCCUCGGGCAGUGCCCGAGUUUCCAAAUGGUCAGUUCGCCCCUG